CCACGACAACUUGCUUUUGAUAGAGUCAUGGUAGAAUAGGUAAGCUAGCUCCCUCUGUGACCCAUAAAAAAUAAUGGUGGGGAAGAAGGUCAAGUUACCAAGUAAUCGCUAGUAGAGUUAGUUUAUUUAAUUAACUUGAUAUAUUGGAGUGAAUAAUAAUUAAUUUGUAUAUUUAUAUUUGAAAAGUAGAAUUAUUGAAGUGGACGUGUGGGCUGGUAAUGAUUUAUGAAGCAGAGGAAAAGAAAAAAAGAAUAGUUUGUAGAAUGAAAGAGGAAGAAGAGCAUUGAUGUUGUGUAUUUGUCGUGUUGGAAAAGCAUGAAAAGCAGAAGCAGAAGCAGAAGCAGAAGCAGCGCCAGAGAGAAACGACAAGAGGAUGAAGCGUCCGGCGAGCGGUGAGGGUGAGGGUGAGGGUGAGGGUGAGAUGAAGAUGAAGAAGGCAAAGGCAAAGGCAAAGGCGGUGGAAAGCAAGGGCCUGGGUUGCUUGGACUCAAACCUUGUGUUCGAGGUGCUGAAGCACGUGGACGCGCGGACGCUGGGCAUGGCGGCCUGCGUGAACAAAGAGUGGCAGAAGACGGCGCAGGACGAGAGGCUGUGGGAGCUGAUCUGCACCAAGCUCUGGGCAAACACGGGGUGCGGAGAGCAACAGCUACGAUCGGUGGUCCUCGCUCUGGGUGGGUUCCGCCGCCUCCUUGCGCUCUAUCUCUUCCCUCUCUCCAAGCCCCUCCGUUUGGGCAAAGACGAGCUUCACCUCUCUCUUUCGCUUCUCUCCAUUCGUUACUUCGAGAACAUCAAUUUCAAUAACACACCCACUUGAUUCUUCCAUUCCAAUCCAGAUCUGCUUUUUAUUGGGCCAAUUAGUCUAAGCUGAACGUCUUUUGUAAUCUGCAUCUGUAUGUACUAUAUAAAUAACUAUUGGAUCCAAUUAUGAAUGAUGAUAAAUUAGGGUUUGGAUAAAUGUCUGCGACUGCUUAUGUCUUC